UGUACCUGUAGUAUUUGUUACAGUGGACGGAGAUUGGAUGUGUUAUACCGAAACAAAAUCAAUCAUUAGAAGAAAAACUGGAUAUCCACUACCAAAUGUUCUAGGUUCUCUUCAUUGGUCGCAUUCUAAGAAACGGGAAACAUCUUUUCACGCCACUGUACUGUAAUCGUCAUUAUUCGGAUUUGGCCAUUACAACAUUCAGAUAAGGAUUAUUUUUCUCAUUGUUUCAGUACCGCAUAAUUUGCAAAGCUCUCAACAAAUAUUACAGCACGAUUGCCAAAAAUGGCUUCCCAAGCAAAAACUAAACAAGAAAAACCCGACUCAUCACGCGGUGUAUCACGCGUGUUGGAGAAACUGGACGCAUCCUUCAAAACGAAAAAUUUCUAUGAAGCGCACCAGAUGUACCACACGCUCUACUUUCGCUACACUGCGCAAGCGAAACACGACGACCUGCUAGAUUUGCUCUACGAUGGUGCGGUCAAGAUGUUGGACCACGGGCAGUAUAGUAGUGGCGCCGAUCUUGGUUUGCUCAUGAUAGAUACGCUGGAGACUGUGGAAACAACUAUUGUACCAGCAGAAAACUGGAUGGAGCGGAUCAGUGAGAUAAUUAAGAAAAUUAAACCGAGCAUCCUAGAGCGAGAUACAGUCCUGGAAAAAGCAAUCAACUGGAGUGGUAUGGUUGCAAAAUCACCCAGCGGCCAUUCACUGAUGCAUAAACUCAUCGCGCAAAUUAUGUACAAUGAAGACAACAUCCCGCAAGCUCGCUAUCACAUGUCGCUGUCACGCGACGGUUUUAGUUGUGCGUUCCUACUAAUAGAACUGAGCCAAACGCAGGGAUACGAGGGAGAAGUUGAUCUAUUCGUGGCUCAAAUGGUGCUACAGCAACUCUGCUUAAAAGAGACAGCGGCAGCCACCGAAACCUUUGCAACAUACAUUCAGUUUCAUCCUCGAAUAGCGUGUACCGAUCCCCCAUUCCCCCGGCCACUGUUGAAUUUUCUCUUCUUUCUGCUACAAGCGAUCGAACAUCACGAGCGGAAAUACACCAUGUUUCGGGUUCUUUGCGACCUGUACCGUCCAUCCCUCGACAGAGAUCCUUCGUACGAGCGGUAUUUACACAAGAUUGGUAUCACCUUUUUCGGAGCCCGCCAGCAAACACAAAUGCGAACGUUCGCAUUCGACGAAUUGCUGAAUCAGUUCUUCCAAGAUCUUGGUGCGGAUUAUGGGGACGAACCAUCGAACGGGCGUCGGAACGGAGAUGGAAGCGAUACCAGCUUGCAUGGGGAUGUUGAUUAGUUAAUAUUGUAUAUUGUUUGUAUUUGUUUUUUUUUGUCUUGGAAGAACGGCUUAGGCUGUAUUUGUACUAUUGUAUAUGCUGCUUACUUUUCUCUUCCCGCUUAUCGCGAUUGCUUUUUGGAACAACGUUUUUCUGUUUGUUGUACCCCAAUCACGACGACGCUUUUGACGCUCUACUACACGGAUCAUCCAUUCUUUCUUCUAUAAGCUAGUCUAAAACGAAAUACAUUCUUUUGCGUGUACUUCAAAACUAUUUUUAAGAUAUUUUCAAUUGUUCGAUUUGCGUCAAAUAUGCACCGUUUUGUUGGAAAAUUUGAUGUCUUUUCAAAGGUAGCUCAUCCUGUAGGAAUGGCAACAGCUAAGAUCCGGGAGGUGCGGUGGGCUGUCCGGGAGGAAGUUUAAUCAGUAGAAAUCUGGCAUGGUUUGCGGGACCCGGCGCGAUUGGGGACCAGCCAUCUUGUGAGGGGGCCUUCAGCUCCUCACGCAGCGAGAAACCGAAAAGUUUCGUCUCCUGCAAGGGGCGCUGGAAGAUUCUUCCUUCCUUAACAAUAAAAAGGUAGCUUCAGAACGCCUUUCUCAUAAAAGUCUUGGUGUUAAUUGGCGAAAAACUCGAGUAAUCCAUUUUCACAGUCCUGGUUUGAUCUCAGGUUUUCAUCAGUUAUGAUGCUUUGUUAUGCGCAAAUAAGGUGUCAAUCGCUUGGUGCAAGGUCCGGACUAUACGGUGGAUGCAUUGGUUUCGAACUCUAUUGUUGACACCCUGUAACUCACAAAGGAACAGAACAAACAAAAAACAAUGAAAGCAUUUUUUUAAGUGUAAAGUAUCAGCUUUAAAACGAGACUAAUCUUGAAACUGUACGAUCGAUUCUUCACGAGAUAUCGAUCACAAAAGGCAUCUAUCGUGAAAAUAAUGGAUUUAUUUUUAGACUAGCUUAUAUCAUGCCUCAGCUCCACUUUCUGUUUUUCUACAUCCGUUUCCAAAAUACCGAUUUUGUAGGUUCGUCUCUUUCUGAAGGGCCAGACGAACCGUAAAUCCCAGCGUAAAAAUGUCUAAUCGUAUGUGAUUCCACGGACUUAUAAACGAUCUGACGUUAAAGAUUAAUGUCAAAUCGUUUGUUUUCGCAUCGCAUCGGCCCAGUUUCGUUCUCAACGCAGUACAAUACAGUUAAUCUUUUCUUAUAUAGCGGUACUUCAAACGAAGACAUAUUAUUUAUGACAACAACCUGAAAUUAU